AUGGCUUUUAUAUGCAUAAUUAUCUUUUGCUUUCUCAUAUUACUUUACUUUCUCAUCAAGAAACCAAAUACGAGCUUCAUCACGACAAACUGGCCUCUUAUUGGUAUGCUUCCGGGCCUGUUGAUGGUGCUCCACCGGAUCUAUGAUUUCACCGUGGAGCUUCUCGAGAACUCAAACUUGACAUUCCAAUUCAAGGGUCCAUGGUUGACUGGUAUGGAUAUGCUGGUCACCGUUGAUCCAGCUAAUAUUCACUAUAUGUCAAGCUCAAACUUCUUGAAUUACAACAAAGGCCCUGAGUUCAGAGAACUCCUUGAUGUUUUCAAAGAUGUGAUAUUCAACGUGGACGCCGAGCUUUGGAAGGAGCAUAGAAAGGCAGCGGAGGGCACACUCAAACAUCAGGGUUUUGCCACACUUUCAACGAGAAUUAAACUCAAGAACGGGCUUGUGCCUCUUUUGGAUCAUUUUGCAAAGGAAGGGAUAAUCCUGGACUUGCAAGAUGUGUUGCGGAGAUUCACUUUCGACAUAUUCAUGGUUUUGAUAACUAGUUCUGAUCCUACAACUCUCUCCAUCGACAUGCCGGAGAAUGAGUUCGACAAGGCUCUUACUGAGGCUUUAGAAGGGAUUUUGUAUAGAAAAAUAAAACCAAGAUUCUUCUGGAAGCUACAAAGAAGGAUGGGAUUGGGAAUAGAGAAGAAAAUGUUAGAAGCUAAUGACAUUUUUUAUCGUGUGUGUGCCAAAUACAUAUCAGCCAAGAGAGAGGAGGUAAAAAUGCAAGGCGUUAGUCAUUCCACUAACAAAGAUUUGUUGACGUCUUACAUAAAGCUAGACACAACCAAGUACGAGAUCUUGAACACUAGUGAUGAUCGAUUCCUCAAAGAUAUCUUCUUGACUUACAUUGUGGCCGGGAGAGAUACCAUUUCCUCUGCACUCACUUGGUUUUUCUGGCUUCUCUCUGAAAACCCUAACGUGGAGGCCAAGAUUCGCCAAGAAAUCAACAAGAAUCUGACAAAAUCCAAAACCGGCCUAGAGAAGUCAUCUUUUGAUCCCACUGAGCUCAACAAGAUGGUGUAUUUACAUGGCGCUUUGUAUGAAUCAAUGAGGUUAUAUCCACCAGUUCCGUUCGAACACACGUCUCCUGUAGAAAAGGAUGUGCUUCCAAGUGGGCAUAAAGUUGAUGCGAACUCCAAAAUACUUAUUCUGAUCUACGCACUUGGGAGGAUGAAAACUGUAUGGGGAGAAGAUGCAUCUGAGUUCAAACCAGAGAGAUGGGUUUCAAACACAGGUAGCUUGAGGCAUGAACCUUCCUUCAAGUUUUUAGCGUUUAAUGCUGGCCCGAGAAGCUGCCCUGGUAAGCAGUUAGCUAUGAAUCUGUUGAAGACAGUGAUUGUGGAGAUAUUACAAAACUAUGACAUUCAUGUCAUCAAAGGCCAGAAAAUAGAGCCACUUCCCGGUCUUACUCUUUACAUGAAGCACGGGCUUAGCGUCACAAUUACUAAACGAGAUUCAGCUUAA